AUGGCGAAAAAAUCAAAUAAAUCUACUGCUGCUGCAAAGCAAGCCAGGUCAUCUACGGAGCCGUCUCGACAGGCUGGAGCUUCAUCCGACGAGAUAGGCGUCACUGCCAGCUCCAAGCCACCGUUGUCCAUCCCUUCGAAGCUGCUAGACUUUCGGGUCCAGCGAGGACUUCAACUGAUUCUCCUUGCAGCAUUAUCAGCCUCGCUCUCUCAACUCAACCUGUCACCAGUUUAUGGGGCCAUACCUGCAGGGGUCUACCAUCGAUAUGGGCUCACCGUAUCGUUUCUGAUUGCCGUUGUAAUUCGAGGGUAUCUUCCAAAAGGAUUAAGUCGAUGGAUCGCGACAUUCUCGUUUUGGAUCCCCAGCAUUCAAUUUGUGCUGUUCCAACUAAGCUCGUCACUUGGAAAUCCCUAUGGUCCCCUGGUAACCGAGCUUCUGACAUGCUAUCCGCUCGUCAUCACUUCGAUUUGCACUGCGAUUGGAUUCUUCGAUAACCCCCUCUACGUUGGCACUGAGAACUUGCUGAAUGAUACUGUUCCUGCCAUGGGCUUAUUUGUACUCUUUGCAUUGCUUCAGAGAGCUGCCAAGAGCACCAUCAAUUCGUUCAGUGGGCCAGGCUUUCUCAGAUCUCGGAUUGGGUUGCAACUGAUUGUCGGCAUAUUUUAUGCCAUGGUCAUUCCCAAAAGCCUCGUUUGGCCAGCUUUUCCCUCCGUCAUCAUCACCAUGGUUGCAAACCCGCAUUGCACCCUUACAAAGACCACAGACGUACUGAACAACACCCUAGCGCUUUAUGACUACACAUUAUUGGAUCGCAAAGAGUCAAUUACAGGCUACAUUUCUGUCCUGGAAGAUAAUCAGAAGGGUUUUCGGGCUAUGAGGUGCGACCAUAGCUUGCUGGGUGGAGAAUGGAAAGUACCGGUAGUUGAGGGAGCCGCAAAGAAGGUUGGUGAUCCGAUCUACAGUAUCUUCACUAUGCUGGAAGCUGUGCGUCUCGUUCAACCUGCAUCGUCCACUCUGGAGAAAACAGCAUUGAACAUUGGCCUAGGUAUUGGCACCGCCCCGUCAGCCAUGAUUGCUCACGGUAUAAAUACUACUAUAUUGGAGAUCGAUCCUGUGGUGCACGAGUUUGCUGUCAAGUACUUCGACCUGCCACACAAUCAUAGCUAUUACAUUGGGGACGCCGUUGCCGCGGUUGAUAGCUCUGUUGCCAACGCCCAGACCAGCCCAAGCACUUCUGAGGCCGAAUCAUACGAUUAUAUAAUUCACGAUGUUUUCACAGGUGGUGCCGAGCCCGCCGAACUCUUUACUAAUGAGUUCCUCUCGGGCCUUCACCUGCUUCUUAAAGCUGAUGGAGUCAUCGCAAUAAAUUAUGCUGGCGACCUUGCAAUGCCUUCCGCAUCUAUUAUCUAUCGAACAAUCACAUCGGUGUUUCCUUCGUGCCGAGUCUUCCGAGAAGAAGAGGCGGCCGAGCCGAAUACCCAACCGGACGACUUCACGAACAUGGUAUUUUUCUGCCGGAAGACGGAUAUUCCUGUUACGUUUCGAAAACCGGUCGAAGCGGAUUUCCUUGGUAGUCGAUUCCGGCGUGAGUACCUGCUGCCAAAACACGAAAUACCAUCUUCGGCAUUUGAGACGAAAGUCGAUAUCCUCAGGAGAGGAAAGACAAAGGAAUUGGAAAAAUGGCAAGCGAAGAGUGCGAUUGGGCAUUGGCGAGUCAUGAGAAGUGUGCUCCCAGAUGCCGUCUGGAUCAAUUGGUGA